GGAGGAAGGCAGGGGCCUGGUUGGCAGGCUGUAUCUGUGUUGAUGUUGGGAUGGGAAGUAGAGUGUUAGUAGGGGAUAGAGAGAGAGAGGCUGAGGUUUGGAUCCACCACACAGACACAGUCAGACAAAGAGGAGCAGCAUUCUACAGGACCAGGGUCCCGGGGGAUGGGGCAUCACACUCCCGCAGCGCGCUGGGGGGCCCAGAGGAGGUUCAGGAGAGCUUGUCCAAAGGGCAGCAGGGGAAGGGCCAAACGAGGAGAGGGCACCAUGGACAGUGAGCAGGGGCCUCCAGCCUCCACUGCCUCCAGCACCAGUACAACCAGUAGCAGCACUACCACCAGCAGCAGCACGGGAAGGCAGGCUGUGCCUCAGAUCUCUGUGUACAGCGGGAUUCCUGACAGGCAGACGGUUCAGGUAAACUUCAGGGUGAUCCAGCAGGCAUUGCACCGGCAGCCCAACACGGCUGCGCAGUACCUGCAGCAGAUGUACGCAGCGCAGCAGCAGCAUCUCAUGCUGCAGACAGCAGCCCUCCAGCAGCAGCACCUGAGCAAUGCACAGCUCCAGAGCCUGGCUGCUGUACAGCAGGCCAGUAUUGUGGCAGGAAGGCAGAGCUCCACCCAAAAUGGCACUUCAUCCCAGCAAACAGGAUCAUCCCAGGCCACAGUGAGUGCAAUUAACCUGACCACGUCCCCGGCUGCAGCCCAGCUGAUCAGCCGAACCCAGAGUGUCAGCUCCGCCCCCGCCGGCAGCAUCUCCCAGCAGGCCGUGCUCCUGGGCAGCACGUCUAGCCCCACCACCCUCACUGCCAGUCAGGCUCAUAUGUACCUGCGUGCCCAGAUGGCACAGCAAAGCAACCUUGUGCAAGUUGCUAGGAGCCUAGGCCGUGCUGUUCCUUUGUCCCCCCAGCUCAUCUUCACACCUACGGCCACAGUGACUGCAGUCCAGUCUGAGAGCUCCACGCAGUCCUCUGGACAACAGUCUGCCUCCUCACAGGUCCAGAACCUGGCUAUCCGUAGCCAGCAGGGGGCGACCAUGUCCUCCUUUCAAACACACAACCUCCAGGCCCUCAGCCUAAAGCAGACCCCUGUCUCCAUCCAGCCCUCUCCCCUGAUCAAAAACCCCAGCCAGGGGAGCCGGGGCGCUGGAGGGAAGGGCAGCUCGUCCGACGGCCCCUUAGAUGGGAGCAAGAAGGGGGAGAGCAUUGUGACGGAGGUGCGCGCCAUAAACAUGAGUCGCAGCGUCACAGCUGUGAGUGGCCAGCCUCUCAACACUCCAGCAUACACCCAGAUCCAGCCCCACUCCCUGGUCCAGCAGCAUAAGCAGCAGCAGUUUGUGAUCCAGCAGACCCAGGCUUCCCAGAGGACCCAGGGACAGCUACUGCAGACUGCCUCCAUCCAGUCCCACCUGCAGACUCCCUCCCUGGUCCCCCAGUCCCCCAGCCAAGCAGGCCCUAUCCCUGUGCUGCCCAAGCCCGCCUCUCACCACCAGCCCUCUACACCCAGCCAGCAGGCAACCAUCUUCCACUCCACCAUCAGCCCACAUGCUCUUCACUCCAGCCUGAGCCAGGCCAAAGCCCAGCCAGUGCAACUCACAGCCAUCAACCUCCAGAUACAACCAGCACUCUCACAGGCUUCCAGAUUGGUCCAGGACAGUAAAGGACAGGAGAAGCCGACGACAUUGGUGGUCAGAGAGCGCUGCCCGACUCCCAGUGUACAGCAGCAGCCCACCCCGUUUACCCCGUCUCCACCACAAGACACCAAGCCAACAGAGCAGCCCAAGACUGACCCAGUCACGCCCAUCAGCCAACCACAAGGAGUCCCUACUACCAAGAGGUUGAAUGCUGCACCUGGUACACCACCCCCAGCCAUGACCUCAGGAAAUGAGAACGAGGCACCCACUGUGACCGGCAGCACCCCCCAGAAUGGCGAGAACAAGCCACCCCAGGCCAUCGUCAAGCCCCAGGUCCUCACCCACGUCAUCGAGGGCUUUGUCAUCCAGGAGGGAGCUGAACCCUUCCCUAUUGAGCGGUUGCCUGUAAUGAUGGACAGCCCAAAGAAGCUGCAUGAGCAGCUCUCCUCUGACCCAGACAAGACCCCUGUUAGUAACCCGACCAACACCACAGACUCUGAGACAGAGGAGCUGACCCCUCAAGAAUUAAAAGACCAAGAGGAUUCAGAUGCCCCCAAACUGAUCUGUGAAUUCUGUGGCUGGGUGGACUUUGCCUACAAAUUCAAGGGGUCAAAACGGUUCUGUUCCAUGGUGUGUGCGAAAAGGUAUAAUGUUGGGUGCACUAAGCGGAUAGGCCUCUUCCGUCCAGAGAGGAGCAAAGCAUCCAACCGCUGGCGCAGAAGGUCACACAACAGCUGCCGCCAGAGUGUCGAGCCUAAGAAGCAGAAGCUAUCCCCUACACCUCAGCAGAGCAAGGGGGGUUCAGUGUCCUCCCCGCUCCCCUCCCAACCCAGCCAGGAGGAGUCCAGCCUCUGCUCUGACAUGUCCAGCUAUGAGGAGACUCCGUCACCCCUGUCAGGAGCCAGUUCAGGGCCCCCAGCACCCCAGGCGUUGUCACACCAGGCAGGGAGAGGCUCAGACCAAGAGGCCACCCAGGGCAGAGCGCUACCACUCCUCACUAAGCACUUCCUGCCCAAUAACCCCACCAAGUGGAAUGUAGAGGAAGUCUACGAGUUCAUCCACUCCCUUCCAGGCUGCCAGGAGAUAGCAGAUGAGUUCCGCUCGCAGGAGAUAGACGGGCAGGCCAUGCUUCUACUAAAAGAGGACCACCUUAUGAGUGCCAUGAAUAUUAAACUGGGACCUGCACUUAAGAUCUACGCACACAUCAACAUGCUCAAAGACUCUUAGCCAUGAUGGGUCGAUAUAGUGCUGGUUUGUGUGUUUGUUGUAUGUGUUUGUAUGUCUGUGUAUGGUGUGCGAAUGAGUGCAUGUGCAUAUGUCUGUCUGUGUUUGGUGGGAAGGAGUCACACUCUGGGACAAGACGAAACAUGUCGCCAUUGCACUGAUGACUACCUUACCUCUGCACUACCAUCUUUCAUCCCACCUUUGGAUUGGCUACUUCACGGUACAUUUAGUCAUGGCCUGCAAACAGAUAGAUAGACAACUGUUCAUCCCUUUGGCUGUCAAAGAGAACAGUUUACAGGAAAUUGAAUGGACUGACUGCCUUAGAAUAAUGGCACUAAUAGUGCUAAAAGCACUGCAAGGAUACCUUUGAGCCUGUUUGAAAAGAGAGAUAUGGGUAUUCAGUAUCAGUCAAAAGUUUGGACACAUACUCAUUCCAGGGUUUUUCUUUAUUUUUACUAUUUUCUACAUUGUA